UGUACACCAUAUUAAGAAGUAUGGAGAACUGAUGGCAAACACACUGAAGAGAAAACAUGCCCCUAAGACUCCCUCCAACAUCAAGCAGAGCACAUUAUUGAAGUGUCUCAAAAAUCCAUCGACAAAGCUGUGGUGAAGUAUGUGGUCCAAGGGUUCCAACCAUUCGCUGUUGUUGAACAAGAACCGUUCAGAGAGUUUGUCCAGGAUCUGCAGCCGAACUCAAAUAUCAUAUCAAGGCCCACACUGCGCUCCAGGAUUGAUGAAGCCUCCACGGAAAUGAAGAAGAAGGUGACCGAGGCCAUGAGAGGAGUUGACCACAUCACCACCGACUGCUGGCCUGCAAGAAGACGGAGCUUCAUUGGUGUUACAGCCCACUGGAUAGACCCUGACAGUCUCAACAGAUGCUCUUCAGCCCUGGCCUGUAAACGGUUGAGAGGAUCGCACACCUUUGAUGUGUUGGCAGGCGCCCUAAAUGACAUCCAUUCUGAGUUUGAAAUCCGGGGUAAGAUUGUGAGAACAACAACAGACAACGGCUGGUGGUGAAGCAGCUCAGCCAGGACAGGAAGAUGGUGAAGAGGAACAAGAGGAGAGUGAAGAAGUGGAGUUUGUUGAUGUGGCAACGAUCCUGAAUGAGGAUUAUGGUUUUGAUUACCAGCUGCCGAAGCGCCAGCGCUGUGCUUGCCACCUACUCAACUUAGCAUCUACAGUCGAUGCCCUGAAAGCAACAUCCAGUGAGGCUAACAAAAAAGUGUCCAGUUCAACAUUUGGCAAGUGCCAAGCACUUUGGAACAAAUACGGAAGAUCCACACUUGCAGCCGAAACGGUUGAAGAUGCUUGCGACCUCCAGCUGCUGCCCCCGAAUGCUACAAAGUGGAACUCCUGGUUCAUGGCUGUAGAAAGACUCCUGAGGAUCGUCAAAGACAAAGGAGAGGCGGCCGUCAGAGUUCUCUGCCCAGACUUCGAAGUUCCAAUGUUCAAUCCAGCUGAACUCACCUUCCUCACAGAGUAUGCUGCCACCAUGAGCCCAGUCACAAAGGCCAUCAACAUCCUGCAGGCUGAAACCAAUGUCCAGAUGGGGUGGCUACUUCCAUCUAUCAACCUGCUGAUCACAAAACUUGACCGAUUCAAGUUGUCCCUGAGGUACUGUAAGCCUCUGGUGGAUGCGCUACAACUGGGACUGAAGAAACGCUUUAGCCACAUGUUUCACGACCCUGAGCUGAUCGCAGCUGCAAUCCUUCUCCCCAAAUUCAAAACAACGUGGACAAAGGAUGACGCCACCAUCAGAAUGGGAAUGGACUACAUCAAGGACCACCUGGAAGAACCCUUGCUGCAGCUAGGUGAUGGCACCAGUUCAUCAGAUGAAGAGGACUUCUUCUCUGCCAUGAAGACGUCUCAAGCACAAGAAAGCUCCAAACAGCUGGACGGAUACCUGGCCUGUUCAGCUGAUCAUAUGGAGUUGCUCAAGUCCUUCCCGGCAGUCUGUAAGUUGUGUCUGAGGCUAAACACACCCUUACCUGCAUCAGCUACAUCUGAAAGGCUGUUCAGCAUUGCAGGACUUGUUUUCAGCCCCAGGAGAGCAAGGCUGGAUUCCAGAAACGUUGAAAACCAGCUUUUACUGAAGAUGAACCAUAAAUUCUUCAACUUCAAGUAAUGACAGUUUAACGCUAGCAAGCCCAAGGACACGGAUACCUAAUGCUUUUUGUUACUUUGUGUUUAAAAUUCACAAGUUAUAGGCGUCCUUGUUACAAAGGCAUGACCUGACACAAUGAUUUCUAAUACAGUUCUAUCAGUGGUGAUGUCCUCAUAUUCCUACAGUGCAGUUCUGUACAUGUACUUUUGAUAAGCUCAUCAACAUUUAUUUAUUUUUUAAAUAGGGUUCUAUUAUAGGAAGUUUUUUCUAAAGCAAAGUGACUGUGAUUGUAACUGCUUACGUUUACUGGCUAUAUUCCUUCAUUAUUAAGGCAUAAUUCUAUUUUGUCUGUAAGAGAUGUAUUUUGAAGUGUUGCCUAUUUGAGAAUCCACUUAAUUUUUUUAUCUGAGCUCUUCUUGUAUCCGUAAGACUGUUACCUUUCAGAAAAGCUCAAACCAAAUAAAAGG